AUGUCGAGAUUUACAAUUGCCAAUCUCCCGCGCAUGGAGGUGGCGGCGCUGUCGCAGGAGCUGCUCGCGCUCAAGUCCCCGGACAACUCAGUCGCCGUGAUCGACGUCCGCGAUGGAGUCCCUCCUGUAGAUCACAUAGGCGGGCACAUCAAGGGCUCGCGCUGGGUGCCCUCGCACCAGUUCGAAGAGUGGCUGCCUACCCUGCUGCGGCAGCUCGAGGACACCAAGACAGUCGUCUUCCACUGUGCUCUGUCGAAGCAGCGUGGGCCUAGUGCCGCGCUGCGGUACAUACGAGAGCGCGAGGCGAAGUUCGGCGAGGAUUCUGUCGCUGCGCCAGAGGGUUCCGGCACCCCGGGCCAGGAGGCAUCAGCGGCGCUAGGAGCCGGUCAGCAGCAGCAAGGAGAGGGCGCAGCGAAGGCUCCUCCUGUGGCGCAGAAGGUCUGCGUGCUCAGGGGUGGAUUCCAGAGGUGGCAGGAGUCCCAUGGUCCCGACGAGCGUCUGACGGAGGCGUACGUCAAGGACCUGUGGGAGGAUUACUAG